AUGCCUGCCCGGAAGUGCAGCGGAUUUGCAGCGCCGAGUGGAGAAGUGGAGCCCUGCCGCUUCCACCCGUCUGCGCUUGGGCAGCCCGCCCAAGGCAAGUUCGCAGGGCGCUGCGUCGAGUGCUGCCCGGAGGAGCUGCGGCGCCGCCUGGCUGACAGCAAGCUGACGGGGCUACUGGUUUGCGCGCUGGCCGCCCAAGCUGCCAACCCCGGCGCCGUCCGGCAGCUCUUGGCGCGCGCCUCGGCCGAGCGGCAAGAAGACCUCCAGGAGAAGGUGCGGGAGCGCCUGGGCGAAGGCGCGGAGAUCCAGGAAGUGGUCGAGGCGGGCGAGCUCGCCGAGGAUAUCAUGGACUACUUCCUGGACCGCGGGGGCUACGCCAGGAGCGACCCGGGCUCGGACGACGAGCA